GCAAAAGAAGCUACCGCUAGACGCAGGAACGGACGCAUUCCAAGAUGGCUUUUUUACGCCUCUCCGUCCUCCUCUUCGCCUCGCUCCUCGGAGCUGUCGCAUCUAAGAAGGUCCCAUUGUCGGUGUACUACGAGGCGAUGUGCCCCUUCUGCUCCAACUUCAUCGUCAAUCGCCUCCCAAAGUUGUUCGAGAGCGGCUUAAUCUUCGCCGUCGACCUCGAGCUCCUCCCCUAUGGCAAUGCCAGGCUCGAUUCCAACGGCUCCAUCUCCUGCCAGCAUGGCCAAUAUGAGUGCCUACUGAACACUGUUGAAGCAUGCGCUAUAAGAAUCUCACCCAGUGUGCUAGAACAUUUCAGUUUCAUUUACUGCGUAGAGCGCUCAGUAAAAGAUGGUCGAUAUAUGAACUGGGAAGCUUGUUUCCAGAAGACGGGUUUCGACUCAAAAUCUGUCAUUGAUUGCUACAAUAGUGGAUGUGGGAUCAAGCUUGAACUACAAUAUAAAGCAAAGACAGAGGCACUUCAGCCCCCUCACCUUUAUGUGCCUUGGGUAGUAGUUAAUGGAAAGCCACUUUAUGAGGACUAUGAAAAUUUUGAGCACUACAUCUGCAAGGCUUAUGGUGGAGCACCUCCUAGAGCUUGCGAAGGCCUUCUAACCAUUUCCAAGAACACAAUUAGUAAAGAAGAGGAGCCAUUUUGCCUGGUUGAGGGAAGGAAUAGCUCGUCGACAACUAAAAGGAGGCACCAAAAGGAAGAUCUUCACAGUUGACUCAUGGCUUCUUUCUAGUCCUCUGGCGAUAGAACAAGUCAACUAUUCUUCAUAGAGGAUGACUACUUUGUUGCCACACAGCAAUGCUAGAUGGUGUUUGGCACUUUGUUGGGAGAUAGCUACCAACUAGUCAUUGAGGAUUCAACUUGUUGAAGAUGCUAUAAGUUCAAGAUUUAUUUUGACAUUUUAGAUGAUUAGUGUGUUGUUAGAGCCUCUGAACAUGUUUUUAGCUAGCUUGAAUAAUAUAAUUUCACUAAUUACUCGUGUGUUGAUGUUUUC